CUUUUCCUUUCCCGAGCCCCCUCCCUUCCUGAGAUACCACCGCGUGCCCUAGGUCUGACGCCUCCACUCCCCACCCCCAGGCGCUUCGCCACCGCCGCCACCGCCACCGCCGCCAUCGCCGUUCCUCACCGCUGUCCCAACCCAGCCGCGGUUUCUGGGCAUUUGAUUUUGUGGCUGGAGAUAUGAAGCGAGAAGGAGUUCGCACCAGAAGCCAGACUAAAAAACAAAAAGCUUCCACAAGUAGCCAAGGUGAUUCGCUUCCGGACAAUCCUUUUGAAGAGGAAUUUGGCAGCUUAAGUGAUUCUGGUCAAGGUGUGUGGACGGAACUCAGUAAAGAAGUCGCCUCGAACUUAGCAGGCACUGUUGUAUCAAUUGCUUCAUUCGAUGAUGGAAAUAAUAAACUGUUUUUUGCAUGCACCGGCAUAAUUACCGUGAACACUCCAAAAACUACAAGUUUUCUGACUUCAUUAAGUUUGGUUAGAUCUAUUGAUGACAACAGCAAGAUCUUUCACGACAUGAGGAUUGAAGUGCGCCUUCCAGAUAACAAAAUUGAAUCGGGAUGGUUGCAAUUCUAUGAUUUGAAACACAAUGUCGCUGUUAUCAACAUCAUUCGCUAUCAUUCUCUUCAAGUUGCAUGUCUAGAUCAUCAGCGGCAAAUUGAGUCUCAGAGUAAAGUAGUUGCUGUAGGGCGUUGCUUCAACUCAGGAAAAUUAAUGGCCACAGCUGGGAUGUUGACUGACAAUCCAAGAGGAGCUUACCGCGAGGAGCUUGCCAUCUCCACAUGUGAAAUUACUAUGACUGGAGUUGGAGGGCCCCUUGUUGAUUUUAAUGGGAAUUUCGUUGGGAUGAACUUUUAUGAUGAGAAAGAGACUCCAUUCCUACCAAGGAAUACAAUUCUUGAACUCCUGUCGCAGUUCAGCAAAAUAAUUCCAUGGUGGGCUACAAGUAAAAAUACAAUCAGAAAAUUUCCCAGACCUCACAAGUUUGAUUCACAAGACAGCUCAAAGGGAGGAGAGAAAACUAAGGAUCAGAAACCUUCCAUAUGUACUCUCUGUGAUCCAGAAUGUCAUCCAGGACUCGUGGAUAGAUUAUCAAAGUGGGCGUUCUUAUGUACUCGGUGGCCGAGAUAUCUUGAUUCUGCUGAUGCUACAAAAAAAGAGCUGAGGUCCAGUGGUUAUCCAUUCCCGGUUUGGGACGAUACGGGCAUGCGGUUGCUUAAUAAUUUUGAAGAGGAAUUUAGUGAAGAUAUCUGGAGCGAACUCGAAAGAAGCGUUAAUUCAAAUAUGUCUCAAAGUGUUGUCACAUUGGCUUCAUUCAUUGGAAGAAAAAGGUGUUUUGCUUGCACGGGUGUAUUCAUAGACUGCAAUGGGUCCACCACAAGAGUUCUAACCUCUGCAAGUUUGGUUAGGAUUUCUGAUGAUGAAAACACUGUUGCUGAUAACCUGAAGAUUGUAGUGUGCCUUCCAGAUAAUCGACGUACCACAGGGACAUUGCAACAUUACAGUUUACAUUAUAACAUUGCUGUCGUCCACAUCAUGGGUUUCUGCUGUUCUCGGACAGCACAAAUCGACGAUCAGAUGCAAAUUAAGCCUCAGAUGAAGGUAGUAGCUGUAGGGCGUGGCUACAAAUCGGGUAAAUUCAUGGCCACAAGUGGGAUAGUGAUUGACAAACCAAGUAAGCUUGGUUGCAAAGAGCUUAAGAUCUCCACUUGUAAAAUCACCAAGGCUGGGAUUGGAGGGCCUCUUAUUGAUUUUGAUGGAAACUUAAUUGGCAUGAACUUCUAUGGCUUGGAAGAAACUCCAUACGUACCAGUGAAUAUAAUUGUAGAAGUCUUGAAGAAUUUUGAUGCACAAGGGUUUGUUGCUGUCAACGAUGAUCAUAGCCCAAACAGAUGGCCCGUGCCUAAGCCAUUUUGGUGCUAUCCGACAUGGCACAAGCUUGAGGAAGAAGUAGAUCUGGAGGAAGAACUUAAGUACCAGCGGGAACAAUACUAAUGUGAUGAACUGUAUCUCGAUGAAUGCUUUCUAUCUUGCCCUCAAGCUGCCGGCCCUGUGUAGCAAGUAUGAAUUGUUCUGUAACUUAAUUUGAACCCUGAAAUACUAGUGUACGCAUGCCUCUUUUUAUGUAAUGGACUUGUACUAAGGCCAAACUAGGUCUAUUAAGAGAUGGGUUCGGUUCAGGCUGAUGAAACUGUGUUUUAUGUCUGUAAAUUCA